AUGUCGAAUACACGAGAGUCAGAGGUUCAAAGCCUCAAGGAACGUGGAAAUGCAUGCGUGAAGGAGCAAAAGUAUGCAGAGGCUAUGUUUCACUACACACAUGCAAUUAAACUAGAUCCACAGAAUUAUUCUUUGUACAGUAAUAGAUCAUUUGCCUUUUUAAAACUGCAACAAUACCAUUUUGCAAUGGAGGAUGCUCUGAUGACAAUUCAAUUGAAGCCUGAUUGGACCAAAGGGUAUUUUAGGAAAGCUGAAGUAGAAUCUCAAACAUUUCGCUUCAGUGAAGCACUUCAAUCUUACAACAAGGCUUUAUCUCUUCAACCAAAUGAACCAACAAUAUUAGAAGCAAUGAAUAGAGUAUCCAUAUUAUUGAUAAAAGAUAAAAGAGCUGAUCAGCAGAUACCUUGGCUUGGGGCUGGUGUUGGUAUCAUACUUGGAGUAAUGGUUGUAAUUGCUGACUAUGUUGUCACAAAUAAACCUACAUUAACGCAUCCACUAUUAAUGGCCUUAUUGACAAUUUCUAUAGCAAUGCUAGGAUUUUGUAUUGCUAAGGGAUUUCGUUAUUUUGUAAAGUGUCAAAGAAAAUCAUUGUUGGACCCACCAAUGGAUCUGUUUGGUGAAGAUAAAGAACAAUUGGAUGAUGAUGAUGCUGAAAUGAAUAAUGAAAAAGAUAAGCAUCCAAAAUAUAGUAAAGCACAAGCACGGCAAAGAUUUAAGAAAGGAAAAUCAUAG